CCGCCGCGGGCAGGAAGAUGGCGAACGUGCAGCUGGAGUUCCAGGCCAGCGCCGGCGAGGCGGACCCGCAAAGCCGCCCCGUGCUCGUGCUGGGCCAGCUGCAGAAUCUGCAUCGCUUGCCUUGGGCCCAGCUGCGGAGCAAGCUGCAGCCGAGGGUCACCGAGGAGAUAUGGCAGGCUGCGUUAAGCACUCUGACCCCAAACCCAACGGACAGCUGCCCUCUCUACCUGAACUAUGCCACUGUAGCAGCUUUACCUUCCCGGGUCAGCAGACACAACAGCCCAUCAGCUGCCCAGUUUCUCACGCGUCUCAUUCGAAACUGUCUGCCAGGAGGGGCCAACCGAUGCAUCCUUAUGGUCUGUGAGCGCUCAGAGGUCUUUGCCUCGGCCUGUGCCAUAGCGAGGGCUUUCCCGCUGUUCACGCACCGUUCCAGUGCACUGAGACGUACAGAGAAGAAAACUGUAAUAGUGGAGUUUUUCUUGGUUGGGCAAAACAAUGGACCCGUAGAGUUGGAAACGCUUAAAUGUCUAGAAAGCGCUACAGAAGGCAUAAGGCUGGCUGCUCGGAUUGUAGACACCCCAUGCAAUGAAAUGAAUACUGACAGCUUCCUGGAGGAAAUAAAAAAAGUUGGAAAGGACUUGGGGAUCGUUCCAACCAUUUUUCGAAACGCAGAACUGAAGGAGAAAGGAUUUGGAGGUAUCUAUGGCGUUGGCAAAGCAGCCAUGCACCCACCUGCUCUAGCCGUGCUCAGUCAUACCCCAGAAGGUGCCACGCAGACUAUUGCCUGGGUUGGGAAGGGCAUUGUCUAUGACACUGGAGGACUCAGCAUCAAAGGCAAGACAACAAUGCCUGGCAUGAAACGAGAUUGUGGCGGAGCUGCUGCUGUUUUGGGCGCCUUCAAAGCCACUGUAAAGCAAGGCUUUAAAGAUAAUCUGCACGCUGUUUUUUGCUUGGCUGAGAAUUCUGUCGGUCCAAAUGCAACGAGACCUGAUGAUAUCCAUGUUCUUUACUCUGGAAAAACUGUGGAAAUCAACAACACAGAUGCUGAGGGAAGACUGGUCCUUGCCGACGGAGUUGCAUAUGCUUGCAAAGACCUUAGUGCUGACAUCAUUCUUGAUAUGGCUACUCUCACUGGUGCUCAGGGAAUUGCCACAGGGAAAUACCACGCAGCUGUCCUCACCAACAACGAAGAGUGGGAAAGUGCUUGUGUGAAGGCGGGCAGGAACUGUGGAGAUCUGGUUCAUCCCCUAGUCUAUUGCCCUGAGCUCCAUUUCAGCGAAUUUACCUCAGCUGUAGCUGACAUGAAGAAUUCUGUGGCAGACCGUGAUAACUCUCCAAGCUCUUGUGCUGGCCUUUUUAUUGCUUCACAUAUCGGAUUUGACUGGCCAGGUAUCUGGGUCCACAUAGACAUCGCAGCGCCCGUCCAUGCGGGUGAACGAGCCACUGGCUAUGGUGUAGCUUUGUUGCUCUCCCUGUUUGGCCGCGCCUCCGAAGACCGUCUGCUGAACAUGGUGUCUCCCUUGGGCUGCAAUGGAGACUCCCCAGAGGACGACAUGGGGAGAGAUUCCAAGAGACGGCGCUUGGUUUAGUGCCACCCACCCACCCGUUGAAGAUGGCACACCAGAAUUACCUCACUUUGCACUGAUAAGUUUCCCGAACCAUACCAUGUGUCAGAAAUGGCCAUUUUUAAAACAAACUAACGUACAGAUGGCCGUGGCUUACAUUUGAUUCUCCAUCUCAUUCUGGCAAAAGGCCCUACUCUGUUGGUUUUUAAGAACAAUUUGCGCUUGGGGGGUUUAUACCAAACUUAUAAUGACUUUGCUGCUUCCAGUCUUUAUUGAGAAGGAAUGAGGAAUGUUUCUCCUCUGUGUCCUUUUCAAAAAGUAUCUGAACCUAUUAAUACAACAGCUUAACCUCUUGCUGCCCAUAGAGCCUUCCCAGUUAGUUCCCUGGGUUUUCAUUAUACCACAGUAGAGGGGGCAAAGAGGGCUACCCCCUUGCAAGCUGAACACAAUGUAUAUAGCUUUUAAAUGCCCUAAUGCUAUGGGAGCUGUGACAGCCAUUUUGCCUCCCAACUUUCCUUCUCUAGCCUGUGGUCUUUCCCAUCUGCUGUGUAGCGCAACUGGCAUCCUAGGAGUUGAAAGAUGAGAUGUAUCCGCCUUCCCCAACCUGGUGCCCUCCAGAUGUGUUGGAAUAUGGGAGAUAGAUAACAGACUGCAGAAGGAGCUGAGGCAUAAGCAGCAGGUGAUAACAGGCCAAAGAGGGAAUGGCCAUGACUUGUCUGGCAUAGCGCUGGGAGAUUUAAAAGCCGGGCACCUUCUGUUUAGGCUGCAAGAUGGCAACCCUGGACAAAACCACUGUGGGCUCUGCUUUAUUCUAUAGCGGUGUUUCGGCAUGGCACUAAGGGAGGCCUUGUUUUUCUAAGAAGUCUUCAAACAAACAUCUCCCUAAGAAUGCCAUUCUUGCAUGUUGAGUCUUUCGCUGAUUGUUAUUAAUAUGACCUGAAGAGUGAGCUGGUGCAUUUCUCCAUGACGUUCUUACACUCUUCUGCUGAUGAACUGCAUUAAUGUUUAGAAUGAAAGUGUCUAUGGGACGUAACCACGCUAGAAUAAAACCCUUCUUCUUUCA